GUGGAAGAUCGUUCUCUCCUACGCGGCAUGGGAUAACCCACGAAGCCAGAGCGGCUUCGGAAGACCCGAUGCUACGACGACAAAUUGACGAUCUAACCACUACUAUCGCUACUAUGAAGGAGAAAUUGGAUGACGAAAGCAAGAAAAAGGAGAAGAAGGCUAAGUGUAAACAGGAGAACUUGAAGCUGGAGCAGAAGCGACGUGAAGAGGAGGCUCGGUCCGCUGAGAAACAAGCGCGUCAGGAAGCAGAACGUCGAAAAAAACGCAAGGAGGAGAAACUAAAAAAAAUAGUCGAAGAUCGUGAGCUUAUGAAGAAGGAAUUACGCAUGGAGGUGUUUACGCAUAUGGGUAGCCUACGCGAAGAACUGCCUUACCUUCGUGAACGUGGGGCUCAACAGGCGGCGGACGCUACACGUACGGCUAAAGGCAAGAAGAAAGUUGUGAUGUCAUCUUCAUCAUCUGAUGAUGGUACCGAUGGAUCCUAUGAAAGUGAUGUGGAAGCGUUGAGUAACCAAGCGGAACAACUCGUCAUUUCCGAGAAACGGAAACGCGGCGAGGAUCUACCUGAUGGGGAUAGUCUGCCCUUGGAAACUCCGGCUCGGAAGACUGCUAAGCGACGGUUACACCUGAGCGUUAAGCAUCCUCCGAUGAAGCGCCCUCCUACGGGUAGGGCAUCGCGUCGCUGUGCAACAUCCAUGAAGAAGAUCCCGGCACCUCCGAGAUCCUGUGGAAAGCUCAAGUACGUUAUAGAUAACCUGCGUGCUUUGGGCAAACUUAAUGUGGAAGAUUUGACACGGCUGUGUGCCCAGGAGGGAGUGCAGCUGGGCACUGAGUGCAGGAAGAUGCAGAUCAUCCUAGCACUGGCAGACAAGCGCACACAGGUGGCCUAUGGUGAUGAGGUACAAGGAUUGAGGGAGUGUAAAGCAUGGAUGGAACAUGAGGGGACUAUUGAGAUUAGGCAAUUGAGACGUUGGAAACCCAAGUCAGGACCUGAUAAGAAAUUCAUGGUUUCGAUCUUGCGUCAUCCUUACCCCGUUGGCCUGCUGAAGACUUGUUCUCUUGACGCAUUAAUACGAAUGAACGGUGUUGCAGCUGAUUUUCAGAAGGCGAGUACCACAGCGUUUCUUCGGAGGCUGAUAUCGCGUGCAGUGAAGGAUGCUUAUGGCUGGAGUCUUAAUGCACGACUAAUUGCCCGUGUUAAAUUUGACGACCGAAUUAAGUUGGUUGAAGUCCGUACGUUGUUGAAUGAUCGAAUUGAGGAGCUGGAGAUUCCUAUUUGCAUGAGGAACCUCGCACGUAGUAACAUUCGAAUCGUAUGGGUAAAGAACCCAUCGAUCACAUGUUUGCUGCAUAAUCAGCGAGCUUUUACUAAAGUUGAUGUGCUUACCUGUGCUUGUGCAUGUCUUCCCUACCCUCGGGUAGGAGAUCACGUGCGGUUCAGAUUGCAGGAGCUGGAUGAUGUGGAUCCUUUAAUCUUUAACGCUAACAACUUUCCUAGGCAUGUUGAUCCUAAUCGUGUGAGGGUGUUGUGUCAGGAGUUGACUAACGGAAUUAGCUCAUGGGCUAAAUUCCGCGGACCUAUGCCGACGAUCAGCGAGAGUGAUGCGGUCCGUUGCAUGCCUACCAGUGUGGAACGCACACGUUUUAUCGAUGUCAAUACUGUUAAGGCGGUUAAGGCACGACUGAAUGGUCUGGUGUUAACCCCGCUGGAUAGGAAUCCAGGGGAGACACUCGUGUUGUGUCCCAAGGUCUAUUUUGAAGCGAUGAUGAAGCUGUUUGUUACCAGCCCUGGGUACGUGGUGUCGAGUAUGGGUGAUAAGGAGGUGAAGUGUCGUAUGAGGGUGGAUGCGAAAGCUGAGGGAUUACUGCCAUUCGUAAGAUGGGAUAAGAAAGGCAAAUUCGGCGAAGCCUAUGCAAUGCCCAAACACAAAGAUUUAACUAGGUUUCGCCCGAUUUGCCUGACUUUUGAGGAACCAACAGUGAAGACCUGCAGAGCGGUCGCCAAGACACUGAACCACUUGUUGAAUACCUUCCCUGCGAGGUGGCAUUUCAACUUGAAGUCUGUGUCUGUUUUGGUCCCAACACUAGAGGCGAUUAGCAAGAAGAUCGGGUUGAGGAUCGAAGGGUCUUCGCCACCGAUUGCAUUAUCAUAUGACAUCAAGGACAUGUUUUUCAAAUUGCCGCAUGUCGACAUCAUCGAGGCAGUUGACUGGAUUGUUGACUACCACUGCAGUAAGGGUAGGGAAUUCGUACGAGUAAACACUAGGGGGAGAUAUGGAGUGACACUUCCAAGAAUUAGAGGAGAAGGAGAAGUGACUACCGAGUUCUUCGAGAUUUACGAGCAAGAGACGGUGGUCAGAUUCUCGGUAGCAUCCGAGGGGAACAACUGCACUAGAAAGGCGGAAAUCUUCUUGUCCCCUGACGCCCGGCUGGUCUUCGCAACUGAAUUAGCGGAAGCGAAAGAUCCUCUAGGCAUUGCCGAAAGAGCCCUAGAACGAGUGCAGAGAUUAAGAAGAAUUGACACCGGAGACCCCGUGAACGACAAGGUAGAGUACCGAGAGAGGACGGAAGUUCCAAGGGCAGCCCGCGGGAGCACUUGGACCAUCCCUACCUGGGCCUAUCGACUAUUCUAUGCUGACGACGAGACCGUGAGGAGAGUCCGAUUGAGGGGUCAAGUGAUAGAAAAAUUUCCGCUGGGAGAAGAAGGAGGCCACGAGCUAUUCACCCAGUGCUGGGAGUCAAGGGAAGACACCGACUUCGAGUGGUGGGCCCGUGUUGGGGAGUUCAUCAAGCCCCUGUUCUCCGGGCAAGCUGGUGAUGUGGAUAGGGAUCACAUUAGAAGGUGUGCGCAAGAGGGGAUUAGGGAUAUCUCGGACCUUGAGAUAGCAAAUCUUGCUUUCGCCGCUAGUGAGGAGAAGAAGCUGCGGGAUUCUUGGUGGACGGUGACCAGAGAGGAAUCGGAGGGAGAAGGGGCUAGCGAGGAUUCUAGUGAGGAGAAGGGGGGAUCGGAGGAAGAGACGAGCUCGGGGAGUAACGGGGGCAGUAGUAGUACCACAGACGAUAGUGAAGGAAGCGGCUAGAAAAAACCAAUAAAGGUGCAUGGAGAGU